AUGGAACUGGAAUUAACUACCUCAAUUGUCAAUGCUUUACAUGGACCAUAUGAAACCAAAGAAGUCCGAUUGAUGAUAUAUCCAAACGCCCCAUCUGAAGUUAAAGAACCGUUUGUAGUAAUACAUAGCGAGACACAUACUGAGAUUGUUCUUUUCAAAAAGGUCCUGAUGAAAAUGUUCAUGGAAUGCCAUCAUUUGUUUUAUCAAUGGGAAAGUCUAGAUACAUACCGCCAGCGGUUAGUUUGUUCAGGAUUACUAAUAGUGACCACAGAGAAUAGGACCGCCCUAAAUAUGUAUUCCAAAAUAUUAAGUGAGCUCACUGAAACCUCUAUACAAAGGGAAGUGCACUUUAUCGAAUUAUUGUUAAGUUGUAAUAGAGCCAAAUUGAAUAAAUCAUCAUCAUUAUGGGAAUUAUAUAAAAAGUUGUAUUCAGAGUAUCAGGGCCGUAUUAAGUUUGAAGUUUGGAGAACUAUAAAACUAUCAUGUGAUCAGCAUUUCGCCAAUUAUUAUUGUUGUAAUUUCAUAAGGUGGUACUAUAAUCAAUUGGAAUAUCAGCAGAGAGAAGCAUUCAUAAAACAAUAUAUUCAAUUUGCGAUGGCCCAUGUUAGUGACCCAUCAAUUUGGACCGUCCUCGGUAAAAUUCUGCGAAAAAAUGAUUUGGAUUGUAUCCUUAACUUUGUAGAAAGCUUACCCGUUACUACAUGGCCACCUUUUUCUGCUGUUUUGGAGUUUGCUUCUCGUAAUAUGGACAUAAUUCCAAUAGUUAAGGAAAGGUGGGAGCAGAAGGAAGGUGUAGUCUUUUAUAAAGGAACAGUAAUUGUUCCUAAAGAAAUAGAGGAUGACCUAAAUUUACGGACACAGUACUUACAUGAUGGGUGGAAAUCCUUGCUGUUAAUAAAGUUGGGGCAUCUAAUGUAG